CGUACCUUCCCGCAGGGCGCCAGCAGAGGGCCGCGCACGCCGAGGCCGCGCGUCCUUCCCGGGCGCAGCGCGGAGCUGGGCCGUCCCUCGGCUUCUCCCAGGUGGGAGUCCGUAGCCCCGGCCUGCACGGGGACAAUGAUAUUUUGUUUUCUGAGCAGAACAGUGCAACUAGCAAGUACUUCCAGUCUACCGGGAAGACGACUCUGUUCAGCUCGCGCGAAUAAGCCAGUAUUGACUCUGUUCACCAAGAAACCUUGCCCUCUUUGUGAUGAAGCAAAAGAAGUGCUUGAGCCAUAUAAGAGAAGGUUUAUUUUGCAGGAGGUGGAUAUUACCCUUCCAGAGAACUCAGCAUGGUAUAAUAAAUACAAAUAUGAUAUACCUGUUUUUCAUUUAAAUGGAAAGUUCCUAAUGAAGCAUCAAGUAGACAUUCAGAAGUUUGAGGACCAGCUUACAAAGCUGGAAAUGCAUAAUGAUGGAAAGCAUUGAAGAAAAUACAGUUGUUCCAGUGUGGUUCUGAAACAACUGUGCAAAAUAAAUGGUAUGAAGAAAUACUA